AUGAAGGCCCCAACAGAAGCAGCAGGGGACCGCUGGAAUCCACAGGGAUCUGACGCAAUGAAGUGGCUGCUAGUUUUUGCACUGCUGGGCAACGGCGUACAGACUGCAGUCCAGUCAGAUAUCGCCGCAUCCGUGUUUUCGGCAACGUCGAAGACCCUGAUCCUCAGAUGGACCAGGUAUUCUGGGGCCAGCUCCUACAAGGUCACCGUCACCCCACGGAACACGCCAAACAACCCGGCUGCUUUCGCCCAGUUCGGCGCCAACAUCGUGAUGGGGUCUGUCAAAUCCCUGUCCCCGAACACCCUGUACGAUAUCGAUAUUGAAGCUCUGGACAGUUCCCAGGCGACGCUGAGCAGCGACGCUCUCCAGUGGAGGACGGCCCCUGAGGCGAUGGAUCCCAUCGAGACGGCGAAGCCAAAGGAUAGCACCACCUUGAUAGUUGAAUUCGGGGAGACGACCGGGGCCACCGAGUACAUCGUCCGCGUCCAAAACACCGCCGGCUACUUCAGGGAGAGCACCGUGUUGUCGUCCCCUGCUCGGGUCCAAUCCCUCGAGCAGUACACUGACUACAGUCUCAGCAUCAUUGCUGUAAACAACGGAGGCCGCAGUCAGCCGUCCCCCUCCACAGCAGCAAAGACAGCUUUGCCUCCUCCUCAGCUGACCGCCUCCUCCCCCACCAAUGACAGCAUCGUCGUGUCCUGGGAGCUCGUGGACCACGCCGUGCACUACUCCCUGGUCAUCCACAGGCUGGGCUCCGACAACGGCGCCACGCUGAACACCACAGACACCAGCAUGACCGUCUCGGGCCUGGAGGCCGGCUCCCUCUACGUCAUCAGGGGUUACGCCUGGGACCCGGAGGGGAGGCGGGGGGAGGGUAGCUCGUACAUCAACCAGACCACACGACCUCCGACACCAGCCUCUCUAACCGCAUCUGUGGCGCCGGGCGACGGCUCGGCCGAGCUGCUGGUGUCCUGGGACCUGGGUCAGGAGGUCCACGGGACCACCGAAUACUUUGUGACGAGUGACGCGAACCUCCAAUGUAACUCCACAUCCGGCGGCUGCUCCCUGUCGCCGGUGGCGUGCGGGGAGACUCACACCAUCCAGGUCACGGCCUGGAACGAGGCCGGGCCCAGCCUCCCGUCCAAUCCUCUGGUCUUCGUCACCUUCCCCUGCCCGCCAGAGUCUCUCGCAGCGGUGGAGACGGACGCAGGGAACUGCACGCUGGCAUGGAACGCCGUGCCCCACGCCGACAAGUACGCCGGCUUCAUCAAGAGAGGCGACGGAGGGGAGGUGGUGUGCAACACCACCGGAGACAGCUGCAACUACACCUGUCAGUGUGGCCACACAUACCUGAUGUCCGUGUAUGCCCUCAACCAAGCUGGCUCUAGUCCCCCCGGACGGGUCCUCAACUACACCACCUUGCCUUGCUGUCCGGAGGACGUGUCCAUCUCUCUGGUAACCCCGGACACCAUGGAGAUCGCCUGGACGGCCGCGCGAGGGGCGGAGCUGUACGAGACGCGGGCUGCGGACAGGUCAGAGGUUAUCCUCUGUAACGACACGGCGCCGGUCUGCGCCCUCUCUGACCUCAGGUGCAACAGCCUCUACACCGUCCUGGUGACACCCUGCAACGACGUCAGAGGCUGCAACCGCCACUGCCACCCUCACACCAAGGAGACGGCCCCUUGUAUGCCGACGGAUCUGACGGUGAAUCGGAAAAACACAACAACCUGCAUCACUGUGAGCUGGACGGCAGACAACCGUGCAGCCAACUACACCGUGACUGCACGGGGAGGGGGCGGCGUGUAUACCUGCACCACCGCCGACAGCAGCUGUGACCUGAGCGGCCUGUCCUGUGGGUCCAUCUACGAGGUCAGCAGCAUCGCCCGCAGCCCGGCAGGCCUGAGUUUACCCAGCUACUCUGUUUCUUGGGAAACAGCACCCUGUUGCCCCGUAAACCUGACUGUGGAUCAGGUGACUCAGGCAAUGUCAAACGUCACAUGGUCUCACGCCAGAGGGGCGGAGUCAUUCAUCACGUCGCUGACGUCAUCGCGGGGUCACGCCCGGUGCCACGCCCAGGACUCCCACUGCCUAAUGGGAUGCAUUACCUGUGGCACCAACUACACCGUCAGUAUGGAGGCAUUCAGUCGCUCGGGAGUCAGAUCGAACUGCACCUAUCAGGGCUUCUCAUCCAGCGCUUGCUGCCCGUGGGGUAUUAAGCUGCACCGGAUGGCCAACGACUCGUUGCGGGUGUACUGGCGCGCCCCUGCCGGCCACCACAACUACACAGCAGAGAUGGUGGGGAGCAGCGCCAACUACACCUGCACGCCGCCCCCUGGGGAGAACCGCUGUGACGUAAGCAACGUCCAGUGUGGGGGCGUCUACCACGUGGUGGUGGCCCCGCUCACGCGCCACGGCGGCAAGGUCGAGUUCUGCCACGAGAGGCUGUACUCAGUCACUUGCUCGGGAAGUGGUGUUGGCAUGGUGAUCUACAGAGGAAAGAGAAGUGUGGAUUAGCAUAUGCAAGUGCAGCUUGCAGUCCCGCAUAACGCAACAUCACACGAACCAAAUCCACCCUUUUCAAUCUCCUCCUCCUCCUCCUCCUCCAUCACCCCCCCCCCGGUAUUCUUGUUGGAGACCAGCCCGAGAAUCGAAUGGAAACA